AUGCUGGGGUUAUGGCCUCGUCUGCACGACCAGUUCACUCUUUCGGCUAUUGAUUCGCGGACCGAAACAUCCAUUCCCCCAGAGUGGUUGCAGACAUUGUGUCGUGCCGCAUCACCAGAACGACCUCAGGCCGGAGGCCCUCCAAUGAAGGAAAUUGCAUGUCCAACUUGUCGUCAUUCAUUCUCCCAGAUAGUCAUACAUGCUGAGCCAGAUAGGACAGUUCUUAAAUAUGUAUCAAGGCCCGUAUUGUCGUUGCGAAACUUCGUGAAUUCACUGCUUAUUCACUGUGAAAACGCCUCACGAGGGUGUACGGUGGUGGCGCGAGUCGAUGUUUUUCAGUCCGGCGCCCAUCAGAUGAAAUGCGCAUAUGCGCCGGUUGUUUGCGCAGGGUGCUGCCAAUCGGUGAACCGUAUCGAACUCGCCACCCAUCAGUUGAAGUGCUUCGGUAUUCAGGCAGAGUUGGAUGAUGUGGACAAAGUUGUUCGUCUUCAGAACAACCCCGGGGUUGAUGAAAUUACGCAAACAGAGGAUAUCGAGGCCAAUUUCGUUAAUAUAGACGCUUCGGUUCUCCAAGUGGAGGAAGGUGACAUUCGUUCGAAAGAUAUAAAGGUGGAUUUGCAGAAUGGUUGCCAGUCGCAGAACCUUUACAACUAUGACAAAGCGGAUCGGCAUCAUAAUAGCUUAUAUUUAUUGAACAUUAGUCUUAUUAAAUUGGUGUAUGCAUUGAAGAUUGAACUGGCCUCCGCACAGGCCGAACUGCGUCUAACCAGAUUACAGCGCACAUUUCUGCUUGUCCCCAGGCUGGAACGGACAAAUUCGAGCCUAUUCUCUUUUUCGUUCCUCCUGUAUGGCUCCAUCUGCCCCAGCCGCAUAAAUUCGAGUGCCUUCUUGGUCCCGUACCUCGUGAUGUAUAUAUUUGGCGGCCUACCACUUUUUUACCUGGAACUGGCGCUCGGACAGUUUCAACGAAGUGGUUGUAUAACGGUUUGGAAGAGAAUUUGUCCAAUGUUUAGCGGGAUCGGAUUCGGAAUUUGCAUCAUUGCCAGCUACACAGCUUGGUACUACAACACGAUAAUGGCGUGGUCGCUAUUCUACAUGUUUGACGCAAUGAAACCUCGGCUGCCUUGGGAUAGUUGUGACAACUGGUGGAACACGCCGGCUUGUGUUACAGCACAUGAGCAAUUCGUUAACAUUUCAACACAAGAUCUGCACGACGUGGUCCCAGAGAUGGGGCUGAGGAACCGCACUAUCAGGCACUUUAACGAUACUGGCAACGCAAGUCUGGUGGUCUAUUCUUCUACUGAGGAAUACUUUUACCGUCGUGUGCUUCAAAUUCAACGAGCCACAGGAUACAACGACGUUGGACCUAUUCGCUGGGAAAUUGCCCUUUGCCUUAUGGCAAUAUUCACCAUCGUUUAUUUCUCAUUGUGGAAGGGAGUCAAAAGCAGUGGGAAAGCCGUAUGGGUGACUGCCACUCUGCCGUAUGUCAUACUGAGUGUCCUCCUCGUGCGUGGGCUCACUCUGGAGGGUUCACUAACCGGAAUCAAAUACUACUUAACUCCGCAUUUUUCCAGCUUGUUGGAGCUCUCUGUGUGGAGCGACGCGGCUUCUCAGAUUUUCUUUUCUCUUGGACCCGGAUUCGGCGUACUGUUGGCCUUGUCAAGUUAUAACAAAUUUCACAAUAACUGUUAUCGGGAUGCCAUGGUAACAAGUUUCAUCAACUGCGCAACUAGUUUUCUGUCAGGCUUUGUGGUCUUCUCAGUUCUCGGUCACAUGUGUUUCCGCAUGGGAAAGACAAUGGAAGCGGUUGCGAACGAAGGACCGGGCUUGGUGUUCAUUGCUUACCCCGAAGCUAUUGCCACGCUGAAAGGCUCUACCUUUUGGGCGAUUAUAUUCAUGCUUAUGUUAAUCACUUUGGGGCUAGAUAGCACGUUUGGUGGACUGGAAGCCAUCAUCACGGCAAUCCUAGAUAGAAUACCAUCUUUGCGGCGGAAGCGAGAGUUGUUUGUCCUUCUCAUCAUUGUGUAUUGUUUCACCGGUGCAUUGGCCACCACCACUUGCGGAGGAUACCUCAUACUAACCCUUUUGGAUACGCAUGGUGCGCCAAUUUCCAUUUUGUUCAUUGUGUUCUGCGAAUGUGUGGCUCUCUGCUGGUUUUACGGUAUGAAGCGCUUCUGCAGUGACAUAAAGAUGAUGCUCGGGUUCACACCCGGUAUCUUUUGGCAGAUCUGUUGGACCUUCAUUAGUCCGCUUUUUCUUCUGGGCAUUUUUAUCGCUAAUUUGGCACACUACGAAUUCCCUCCGGUCUCUGUGCUCGGGAAAACAUAUGAAGCUCCCACAUGGGUGAAGGUGACCGCGUGGUGCAUCGUCUUCUCAUCCCUCAUCUUCAUUCCAAUCAUGAUGUUAGUGCAAUUUCUCAAAGCCAAAGGCACCUUACUUCAACGUUUAAACUACCUCAUAACUCCGGAGGACAGACCUGUAUUCAGUGAUCAGAAACAACCCGAUGCCAUUGAAUCUCAGCAAAUGAAGACGGAAGCUCCGUUGACAUCUGACAAAUAGUCCACAUGGUGUCUGAUGUCGUCUGGACCAACUCCUUAUGCCAUGGAACUAGCUGCAAGUGUGACUGGAGCACCCGACAAAAUAACCAGGACAAUCACUCAGACCAUGCCCCAGACAGACAAAGGAGCCGUUUUUGGACACAGUCUAUGCGCAAUCAGUCAAUCCAGCACAUUCAUUGGCCUUAAUAUGCAUUCACUAUCUUUACUCGUCUGCCUAUAGCUUAUCUACUUGUAAACUCAGAUUUUCGGCAUGUUUUGGGGGUACUUGGCCAUACUGUAUCAUUACCUUUCAGUUCUCAAAGGACCAUACUUUCUCACUUAAUUAUAUAUCCUACGAAUCGCUUGUGUUGUUAACACCAUAGGUUAACCCGCUGGCCAAAG